CAUGGGGCCCUGGAGUCGGGUCAGGGUCGCUAAAUGCCAGAUGCUGGCCACCAGCUUCUUUGUCUUGCUCCUGGGCUUGUCCGUGGCCACCUUGGCGGCUCUCACCUACUUCGGGGCCCACUUUGCUGUCAUCGGCCGCGCAUCCUCAGACAGGACCCCCUACGAGGCCAUGCACCGCUGGGCUUUCUACACCACCAGCAGCCUGGCUGGGCUCCUGGCCCUGGGUGCCGUCCUGGGUGCUGUAGCCACUGUGAGGGAGGCCGGGGGCCUCAUGGCCGGGAGCUUCCUGUGUUUUGCCCUGGUGUUCGGUGCCCUGGCACAGGUGGUCUUCUGGGGAUUCCACAACCCCACCCAGAUGGAGGACGCGGUCCUGGACGUCUACGACCUGGCGUAUGAGUGGGCGGCACGGAACUUGUCCGGAACCCCGCGGCGGCAGCUGGUGGCCAUUCAGGACACGUUCCUGUGCUGCGGCAAGAGCUCCCCUUUCGGCCUCCUGGGGGACGUGGAGGCCAGUCUGUGUCGGGGACAGCAGGCAGCCAGACAGGACUGCCUGCAGGAGAUCAGGAGCUUCCUGACGAUGCACAGAAACGUCGCCUGCGUCCUGAGCGGCACCGGCCUCGCCCUCACGGUGUACGCGAUGCUGCUCAGCUCCUUUCUCUGGUUCGCCAUUCGCUCCGGCGGCAGCUUGGAUCGCAAGGGCAAAUACACCCUGAGCCGGAGAGUGCCCGGCUGCCAGGCCGCAGAGCCCAGCUUCUUCAGACACUCCCAGGGCAGCCCCAAGCUACAGCCCCCGACUGAAGCAGAUGUUGUCCACGGCUGCCCGGGUGCAAGAGGACCCUCGGGGGCCCUCAGUUGCUCCAGGACGACUGGCACCCUUUGAACCGACUGUCCCGCCACCUGUGGGCCCACAGAGCCUCUGCUGGCCCCAACGUGAGCCUUGCAAGGACAA